AGAGAAAGAAAGAAUCUCUUCUUUAUCCUAUCGUGACUGCAAAAUUUUCCUUCUUCCCCUACAGAUGCGAAGCUUGGGGCAACAGAAAAGAAGAUCAUGGUUUUUGGUAAUUCUUAAAUUAUAUUUUUCAGAAAGAGAAAAUUAAAACCAAUAGAACCAAGAAAUUAUGAGGAGAGAGAUUGUAGAAAGUGGUGAAAUCGGUGACCGAUAAAUCGGUUUCUGCAUUUCUUUUGAGGGUUACUGCCUCAGGGUUUUGGGAAUUCCAGAAAAUAGAGAGGUUCAGAAACCCUACAAUCCAUCUGAAGGCAUCAGAAAGUUUUUCUUAAUAAUCGUUAUAGUUUACGUUUCCGAUCAAACCCUAGGGUUUUGUGGCGAUGUCUGCUGGAGUUUGCGGUAAGCGGUUGUGGUACGAAGAAAACUUCGGAUCUUCUUCGCCGUCCUCCUCGGCUAAGAGAGCGAGGUGUUCGAUAUUUGGUUCUCCGAUCCGUUCUUCCGAUUUCGGUUUUGGAUCUGAGGACAAGGUCUCCAUCUUACUCCGAAUGUUCCCUGAUAUGGAUCGAGAGUUGGUGGAGUCUGUUCUUAAUUCAAAUAAUCAUAAGAUUGAAGAUGCAAUUGAGAGCCUGAAUGCGCUUUGUCUUGGCAAAGUUUCUGGGGAAAAUGGACCUCAGAGCGUUGAUUCUAUGGCUACUGCUAAUGGACCCGAUGUUCCAGGUGGUGAAAGUUGUCAAACAUCUGAGCAGAAUGUUGAAGAAUCACAUAACAACUCAUCAACCUUUGAAUCUAUAAACCCCACUGAGGGAUCUGCCUGGGUAGAUAUUUUUGUCCAAGAAAUGAUGAAUGCAGCAGAUCUUGAUGAUGCAAGGAGUCGUGCCACUAGAAUAUUAGAGGCUUUUGAAAGGAAUAUAGUUGCUCAUGCAAGGGCAUCAGAGGAGCAAGAGCUCACUUCUCUUAGAGAGCAUCUACAGAGCUUGUUAAGAGACAACCAAAUAUUAAAGAGAGCAGUUGCAAUCCAGCAUGAACGCAAUUUAGAGCAGGAGGAGAAGGCGAAGGAAGUGCAGCAGUUGAAGCAUGUUAUAAGCCAGUAUCAAGAACAGUUACAGACUUUGGAGCUGAAUAAUUACACUUUGAGGCUUCAUCUUCAGAGGGCGCAGGAGAGUAGUAGCUCUAUUCCAGGGCAUUUUCACCCAGAUGUAUUUUAGGCGAAAUAUGCUUCCUUUCCCACAACUUGUUGCUCAGUUUGUAGUUUGUAGUUUUCUGUUUGCCUCUUGGUACUCCCGAUAGGUAUGAACCAGCAUGAGAGUCAUGGUUCAUGAACUGUAGUCGAUUCUGUGAAGCAGCAAAAAUAUCAAGCCUUAAUGCCAUAUGCAGCUGGUGUAGCUUUUUCAGGUUCUAGUUACUCAACUGGCGUUCUUCGUCGUAUAAGAUUCAGCUUAUUUUCUGUGAUGUUGCUUAACUUGCAGAAAAAGAUUACUUGGUUGGAUUUGCAGUGACCUAGAAGUUCAGCUUGUUGUCAUAGUUUAUGAUGUAAAUUUGGUCGAGAAGGAGGGGUCAAGUUGACCAGUUAUAGUUUUUUACGUUGUAUUUGCUUAUUUGAUUGAAGGAAAUUGGUUUUGAAAAUGAAUGUAUUACUUGCCUCUAUUUAUGUAUGGGUCCUUUGCUGUCA